CAGCAUUGAAAAAUAUCUUACUUAUAGAGAAUUUGAGCUAAUAAUAGCUAAGCUGCAUAGCAUAGUUUGAGUUAGUUACCAAUGGCAACAAUAACCCAGUCACUAGCAACUUCAUGUUCAACUAUCCAACGCAUUCGUAUUCAACGCACAUUCAACUUUAACAAUAACACGCGCUUCUUUCCAAACGUAACCGUUUCUCUUCAAUUUCCCCCUUUCGUUUUUCCCGGCAAAUCUCCGCGCCACACCGCCGCCGUUUUCUCCGCCGAUGACGACGACAGCCACAUCACGUCGAAUGACUUCGCCGUUCUUCUCGAAGUCGACGGGGUUCUUGUUGAUGCGUAUCGUGUAGGGAAUCGACUAGCGUUCAAUAAAGCAUUUGAGAAGCUUGGACUUGAUUGUGCGAGUUGGAAUGAACCUGUCUAUACAGAUCUUUUAAGAAGAAGCGCUGGAGAUGAGGAAAAGAUGUUGUUCCUGUAUUUUAAUCGAAUCGGGUGGCCUUCAUCACUGCCCACAAAUGAGAAGGGACUCUUCACAAAAAGUGUUUUACAGGAAAAGGAAAAGGCUUUGGGAGAGUUUGUGACAUCUAAAAGUCUAUCUUUACGCCCUGGUGUUGAACAGUUUAUUGAUGACGCAUACAAUGAAGGAAUUCCGGUGGUAAUAUUGACAGCCUACAGUAAAAGUGGUGAUAAUAUUGCCAGGACCAUAAUAGAAAAGCUUGGCGAUGAUCGAAGCAAAAAGGUGAUGAUUGUGGGGAUUGAGGAGGCUGGGCAAAGUUUAUAUGGCCAACUUGUCUCAGGAAAGGUGAUUGCUUCUGGUUUGGAUGAAGAACUUGCCAAGGAAGCCACGAGAGCAGCUUCUGCUGAGAGACAAAGAAUAGCAAAGGAGGUGGCAUCCGUGCUUAAGUUAAGUGUUGAGAUUGAUACCAGCUUAUCUGAAAGUCUAGAUAAGAUUGUGGCUGCACUACAUGCGGGAGCCGAAUAUGCAGGGCUACCUCUCUGCAACUGUGUCCUUGUUGCAGGAAGCCAAUCUGGAGUAGCUGGAGCUGAACGGGCGGGCAUGCCAUGUGUUGUUCUACGGAGCAGUUUGACAUCUAGAGCUGAGUUCCCCUUAGCUCUUGCCACUGUGGAUGGGUUUGGAGGUGCAGAUCUGACCAUUUCAAAAUUACGCAGUCUAUGCCAGAAGAAACAACCCAAGGAUUGAAUGAGUUUUGUAUUGAUUUCCCCCAAGAAACUCGGAGAAAAGAACAAAGUAUCCACUUGCUGAGGAUUUGAAGCUGGCAAACAAAAGGAAUGUGCCUCUAGAAACGAAGUUUAAGAUAGGUGUCUUCAGACACAGUGUUUGCUGGUACGAUAAUUCCUAUCACUUCGUGUUGAUAUUUGGUGCUUCAUUAACAAAUCCACGAUAUAGGAUGAGGCAAACUACAGUAAUACAUGUGACUUUUGCAUUUGUAACUAUGUGAUAUCUAUCCUUUUUAACAGCAUAAGCAAAGACCAUUCUUAAUCUAAUUAGUUAUUUUGUCUGCGGAAAAGCUUUAACUGCAGUCUGUGGGCAAAUACGAUUGUGUAAAUUGAUGCUGUUAUCUGAACACAACUUAUAUACAUGAUGAUCAUGUAUUUCUCAAUUUAA